GUUCUGAUUAUUAUUAUUCUGUGGUGUUCAUUUUUUUGUAGAAUGCCAUGCCGCUCCUGGAUUGGACAAACAAUGGGUGCAAUGAAGUCCCAUCGAUAGAUUAUGAUGCAGCGGACGUUUCUUUGAUCGAAAAAGGUGCUACAAUUUCACAACUUGUUCAUGGAUGUCGUUCUGGCCACUCUGGUCUGGUUAAUUUGGAAAAGGGAGGCCCUACGCUUAUCCAUCAUGCACCUUUGAACGCAAAUUUUCAAUUAUCUACAGCUAAACGCAACGAAACCACGCGUGAUUUUUUAGGGGAAGGCCGAUUAAAUUUGACUUUACGCAUUCCCAAAACGCGAAGAGAUGCCUCCACACAGACUUUUCCAUACCAAGAAAAUCCUUCUGAAAUUUCUUUUCUUCACACCGAUUAUGAUUGUCUUGAAGCGCAGAAAAAGGCCUUUGUGGCUCAGCUAUGUGAGCUCUACACGCUACUUCAUCUUGUGUUCGCGUAGACCGUGCCUAAUGUCUGUCUGUCGAUAGGUUCCAUUAUGCUUUAAUCAUCCACUUGUGAUGUAUAAUGCCCUCCCUCUUUUUUAUUAUUUCACACUAACUAGAGCUCUUGAUUAUGGAUACAAUAUAUACGUUUUUUUUCUUACUGCUAAAUAGAUCAACCCACUAAAUGAAGAUGGAGAAAGAGUAUACAGGGCCAACAGAGAAAAGAAAGCGAAGCUGAUGCAUCAUGGAAGAAAUGUACUUUAGGAACUGAUGGCUUCACCUCCGUCCUUUCGUUUAAUGGGUAUGAUGCAAUUUUUCAUUUUGCCUAUCGAUUU